ACGAUUUUCAAAACUGAGUUUCCAACGACUCUCUCUCGUCUCGCUAUCGGAUUCCUUUUUUUUGCUUUACUCUCUUGUUUUGGUAUUUACAGGAUUUUUCGUUUCGGUAAAUUUCUCAAGAUUUUCCUCUUCUCCACCAUGUUUGAGCCCCAACAUUUCAUCGAUUUGCAAGACAAUUCUGGUUUUGGGGACCAGAAAUCGUGGCUUUCCGCCGACCACAACUCGUCCCCGACUCGCCGCCUCACUCAGUCAUCACUCGCCGACGCAUCCAUUGCAACUUCGGCAACUUCUGCUGCUACUACUAAUGGCAACGUCGAUCGCGUACUCUUCAAAAAUCUCGUCGAGAUCGUGCCGCUUGUUCAGUCUCUUAUUGAUCGUAAAGCGAGCAGUUCAUUCACAAAGCGCGGUUCGAUGAUUUACACCAAGACACCUUCUAGAGAAUCAUUACACAAGAAAAUUGAACAGAAAGGUAGGAAUAAUGCCCAAUCUAUUCCGAACAAGAAGAAAAAGGGUCACGGGGACAAGGAUCAAGGUCAUAAUGUUGAUAAUAAUCCAGAUGCUGAUGCCUUUGCAAUGUUCUCCUCAAGUUCUUUGGUAUGUGAAAGGGACAAAGAAGAAUUAAAUACAUUGAGAGAACAAGUGGAGGAUCUGCAAAAGAAAUUACUUGAAAAGGAUGAACUUCUAAAAUCAGCAGAGAUGUCGAAGGACCAGAUGAACAGUGUUUAUGCAAAACUUGAUGCUUUGAGUCUCCAGUAUUCAGAGAAGGAUUCUAUGAUAAAGUCCAUCCGUUCCCAACUUUCAGAUGCAAAGAUUAAGCUUGCAGACAAGCAAGCUGCCUUGGAGAAGAUACAAUGGGAGGUAAUGACAUCAAAUACAAAAAUAGAAGAACUUCAAGAAGAGCUAAAGUCCUCACGAGGAGAUGUUUCGUCUUUUAUGCUUUUUCUUGAAGGCUUGACAAAGAAUGAUUCCGACGAACGUGUUCAAGAUUAUAGUCUUUCAUUCUAUCUUCCAGAGAGCAGUCCUUAUAUUGAUGAUUUGGACGACCUUGAAAUGCAGAAAAUGGAAGAAGCAAGAGAAGCUUAUGUAGCUGCUGUUGCUGCUGCAAAGGCAAGGCAAGAUGAAGAAUCCAUUGCUGCUGCUGCAGCUGCAAGAUCACAUCUACAGUCAUUCGUUUUCAGAACAAAAUUUUCAGACGUUCAUUAGAUGAUCACGGUUGCUUCUUUUGAUAUCAACUGGCAUUUUUCUCUGAUAGUUACUACGACAUAAUGUUAUGGUGUUCUCUAGAGGGUUACUUGAGUUAUUUAUCCGUAAUAAUAUAUUCGUCGAACAUGAAAAAGGAAACAUUUGUUUCAUGUUGUAUGUAUGAUGAAACCUUUCCCAUGUUUGUGUUUAAUGGAAAACGUCGCCACACUUGGUUGUGCGCUAGGGUGAGUCUUGUUUGGAGAACA